AGUCAUUUUCUGUUCGUUUACUCGAGAAGCAACAUUAUGCCCGAUCCAGCCAAGACCGCGCCCAAGAAGGGAUCAAAGAAAGCCGUGACCAAGACGGCCGGCAAAGGAGGCAAGAAGCGCAGAAAGUCCCGGAAGGAGAGCUACGCCAUCUACGUGUACAAGGUCCUGAAGCAGGUGCACCCUGACACCGGCAUCUCAUCUAAGGCCAUGAGCAUCAUGAACUCCUUCGUGAAUGAUAUUUUUGAGCGCAUCGCCGGUGAGUCUUCUCGUCUGGCUCACUACAACAAGCGCUCCACCAUCACCUCCAGGGAGAUCCAGACCGCCGUGCGCCUGUUGCUUCCCGGCGAGCUGGCCAAGCACGCCGUGUCCGAGGGUACAAAGGCCGUCACCAAGUACACCAGCUCCAAGUAAAGCGCGUUACCGCCGUCUUCAUAAACCUAACGGCUCUUUUAAGAGCCACCCACUUCUCAUACAAAGAGUAAUUUCCUCUCUUUCGCUUUCUCUCUUGCUGUG